AAAAAAUUGGUUGGGAGUGCUGUUACCAAGAGAUAGAUGGAGUUAAACUAAUAAUAAAUUGUUUUCCAACCUCUCAGGCUUGCCCUAAUCCUCCAUCUAAAGCUGCCUUGCAAGUUGCAACUGGGCUGCAGACCGCAGUGUAGGGUCGUUUUGGUUACAAUUUUCUCGGAGACUCAUCACAUUCUUUGAACACCCUACACUCUUUUCUUCCGAGUCAAUCAAGGGCAUAUAUACCAUGUCCAUCUCCAAGCGCCUCGAUAAUGCCCAUGAAGUGGUGACCAAGCUCUCAUCCGACUUGGAGCAUACCCCGUCCCCUGUUUCAUCAUUAAUCUUACCUACCAUCACAAACCUUAAUUCAUCAAACCCCUCUCGUUCAUCCACAUGCUUUUCGCUGGGGCACAUGCCAACUGUUAAGUUUGCACCGCUUCCAUUAACGGACCCUAGCAGGAGGCGUUCGAAUUUGCCGCUCGGGGUAGCGGCCCGUUCGCGGAGAAGACGACCCGCGCGUGAAGGUCGUCAGCAAGGACGGUCGUUGUGGACCAGUGACCCUCCCCCAGACCCACUGUUCGAGGAUCCAUUUAUCACCUUGGGGAAGUUCGUGAAAAGCGCGACUAAAAACCUGUGGCGACGCGUGAGAGAGAGGAAUGGGCUUGUGGAUCAGGUAGAGCCUAUCCAACACGAUGUCGUUAUUGAUAUCAGACCAAUGGAUAAUCAGGAGCAGCUGGUGGAAGUGAUGCCAGAGCACAGACAAGUAGUUAUCUCAGAGAUGGGCACGCGUGCUGAGCGCCCUGUGCUUGAUGUCAUUGACAACAACUUGAAGUGGCGGCGGAGAAGGACUACGGGCAGCACUAUGCCUUCUAGUCCAGGCCUAUAUUAAUUCCUCCAAGACUUUUACGGCGAAUUAUGAUAGUCUAAUCUUUCAUCCAGAUAAUUCGUGCCCAAGUACUGUAAAAGUUCUAGGUUCUCGGU